UGCACUCUGUCCUAACCCCGAACCAUAUUUCUGACCGGCCGAUCGACACUCCUAAUUCACACAUCCGCUCCCCUUCCCCAGACUCCCCCACAAGUCCAACGCAUCGCCUCAUUCCAUUCCUUUCGUCAAACUUAACGGCCGCGGCCGCACCGCAAGCUUCAAAAAACCCCAUGCAGCAGCAGCCCAAGGCAGCGGCACCGCAGCUCACGGCGGCGGCCAUGGCCGCGGCGGACGUGCGGAGGGCUGUGGAGGAGAAGCCGGUGGUGGUGGUGGGCCGGCGCGGGUGCUGCAUGGCCCACGUGGCCCGCCGCCUGCUCCUGGGCCAGGGCGCCAACCCGGCCGUGCUCGAGGUCGGGGACGACGUCGUCGCGGACCCGGCGGCGCUCCUCGUCCCGCUCCGGCCGCCCGGCGCCGCCAAGGACGCGGCGGCGGCGGCGGCGACGUUCUUCCCGGCGGUGUUCAUCGGGGGCAGGCUGGUGGGCGGGCUGGACAGGCUCAUGGCCAUGCACAUCGCCGGGGAGCUCGUGCCCGUCCUCAAGCAGGCGGGCGCCCUGUGGCUCUGAUGAUCCGAUCCGAUCCUCUCCGUCAGUUUCAGUUCGAGUCUUCGAUCGAUCAAGAGCGUAGCGUUUUUUAUUUUAUUUUUUCGUUUAAUUCCUUCCCCUCCUCCAUGCAUGACGUACCUGCUGUGCUGUGUUAAUGCCACCCCUUAAUUAUGGAGUACUGCUAAAUUAGUAGCUGCAUGACGUGCUAGCUGUCUCUCUCUCUCUCUCUCGUGAAUCUUGGCUUUUGAUUAGCA